ACGUGAAGUGGUUGAGUGAACCAGCCAAAAAAACCCUUCACCAGCACCACCUCCGAUCUCCGUGCUCCGGCCAUGCGGCGGCUACCCCUGGGACUCCUGCGUUCCGCCGCAGCGUCCGCCUCCACCUCCCUCCGCGGCCUCGCUGCGGUCUCCUGCGGCGGCUGGCCCGCCCCUCCCGCGCCGCAUCCAACCGCCGCGCCGGCCGGCCUCGACCUCGUCCGGUGGCCGCCGCAGCAGCGGAGGGGCUACUCCCAGUUCGCGAGCGGGUUCACCCCGUUGCAGCCGAAGCCUCUGGAAUCAAUCCUCGACGUCGAGCGCGCCAAGGGCCUCUCCCCCGAGCACCUAGUCGCCGCCUGGGAUGACUAUCAUUUGGGAAGAGGUCAUAUAGGUGCAUCUAUGAAAACAAAGCUUUACCACCUCUUGGAACAAAGAUCAGCUACAUGCCGGCACUUUGUUGUUCCUUUGUGGAAGGGAAGUGGAUACACCACUAUGUUCAUGCAAGUCCAGAUGCCAUACAUGAUCUUCACAGGACUUGAAGACUACAAAGCUAGAGGAACUCAAGCAAGCCCUUACUAUACAGUCACUCAUUAUACAGAGUUCGCAGACACCAAGGACACGGUGCUUAUUCGAGGAGACGUUGUUUUCACGAGUAAACUAACUGAUUCAGAGGCGAAGUGUCUUAUAGAUACUGCUCACUCUUUCUACCUGAAUGACGUGAGGUACAAACUUGUUGAGCGCUUCAACAAAGAGACACACGAGUUUGAGUUCAAAGAUGUCCUUCAAGUGCUUGACAUGCCAACCAUGUGAGCUCGUUUGUUGUAUCGUUUCCUUCUAGCCUUUUUAGAUCCAUGUCGGCACUUUUGUUGUAUUGACAUAUUGAUCUUUAAUAAUUUGGUGGAAGCAGAAGUUGUUCACUUUGAUGAA